UUAGCAGAACAAGCUCGGAAGAAUAAGUACCACAAGUACGUUGACGGCCAUCUCAUUCUCAAGCAGGGACUUCUCUUAAAAAGAAGGUACCUGGGCUGGCGAGCGCUACCAAGAAUGUUCCUGUUGACCGAGGGGCCCCACCUCUAUUAUGUUGACGAUGAAGCGGAUGAACGCAGAGGGGAAGUUGAGUGGACCGAAGAACUGAAAACAGAAGUAAUUAAGCCUAAAAUUUUCUAUUUACACACGCCGAAACGAGUGUACUACCUGGAAGACCCAUCCGCCAAUGCCGCCAAAUGGUGCCAGAUAAUUGAGCAGGUUGCCAGGCAUUACUUCGCAGAAGAAGCUGGAAGUAACUCAAGGAAACAGUCGUCACCACAAAUCCAGCAGCAGCAGCCAUCCUAA